AUGCACACUCCUCCCAGAGACCUGGUGUACGCAAUUUACUACACGGUCCUUGCAGUGAUCGCGGUUCCAGUUAAUGUAGUGGCCAUUGUGAUCCUGUCCCGAGGAAAAUGUGGUCUAUCGAGAUGUAUCAGCCGGUACCUCGUGUCCAUGGCAGCGACAGAUCUUCUGGUAAUUAUCACCGCCGUGAUAUUAAACCGGAUUCCCGCUAUUUAUUUUCCCGGUAGUUCUCUAUCCAUCACUCCCGUGUGCAGUUUCAGCAUUACAUUAAUUUACGUCGCCAGGGACAGCUCGGUUUGGUUAACGGUCAUGUUCACCUUUGACCGAUAUGUCGCCAUCUGCUGGCAGAAACUCAAAGCAAAGUAUUGCACCCACAGAACCGCUGGCAUUGUUGUGUCUGUCGUCUGUACUUUGGGGUUUGUGAUCAACAUUCCCUGCUUCUUUUUGUACGAACCAAUGUACGUCAUUGAUAACGUUCCCUGGUAUUGCAAACGAAGGGAUAUCAUUUCUUCUUCUCUUCUCUGGAUAAUAUUUGAUUGGACUGAUCGUGCUAUGACCCCUUGCCUCCCGUUCCUGUUUAUCCUCUCGCUCAACGCUCUCACUGUCAGGUACAUUCUAGCAGCCAGUCGGGCCCGUAGGAGACUCCGCAGUUGCCCCACGGGAGAGAAGCAGAGCGAUCCGGAGAUGGAAAGCCGCAGGAAGUCGAUCGUUCUGCUCUUUGCAAUCUCGGGAUGUUUCAUCCUUCUGUGGAUGCCAUAUGUUGUCAACUUCUUAGUAAUGCAGCUUCAAGUUGGUUAUAAAAUUAAUGGCUACAGUGACCCUAGAUUUAUCCUGAUGGAAAGUGGCAACGUCUUCCAACUGCUGAGCUGCUGUACAAACACAUUUAUCUACGUAGUGACUCAAAAAAAAUUCCGGAAUGAACUGAAGCUUCUAAUGAAGUUUCCGCUGAACAUUUCACAUUCAAUAGCUCCAUCACGGAAAUAG